AUGGACUCCAAGUCUACAUCUCACAAGUCCUCCUCUCCCGUAGACUCAGGAAGUCGACGAUCAUCUGGCCGCGUAAGAAAACCGACUGCCAAAGCUCAGGCGCUUGACGGCGGCAAACCCUACUCUCCGCCACUGUCAGAUACGAUCGUGGUCAGCUCACCAUCGCCUCCCAAAAAUCGUUCUCGUCGCAAGGAUUCUUCAACCACGCCAGCUCCUACCAUCGAAAGCUCCCAGGAAGCUUCAGUGGGACCUCACAUCCCAGAGACCCCAGCAACCAUUCAAGUCAAUAACAUCACUCCACCGCCCAAAACCGAGGAGGUCAACGAUGAGGCUGAAACUCGAGCUACUGAAUCCCCACCGCGCAGAGUAUCUCAACGUGAGAGAAAACCUACUGCCAAAGCAUUGUUGACCUCUCCGACUGCCCAGAAACGUCCACUGGGUGCUAUCGAUGCCCAGGAUGCUCCUGUCCGCAAGUCUGCUAGGAUUUCCUACGGCGGCGCCAGAGUCCCUUCCAAGCUCCGCUACUCGGUCUCGUCUACACAUGACGAGCCGGAUGAAGCUGACCAAGCCGUGACUGCGCAGACUCCACCUGACAAGAAAUCCAAAGUGGUCGUGUUGAAGACGACGCCUACGAAAGAAGAUGAUGCGAGAGAUGCAGAGAUUCCAGAGACGCCAAUCAAUAACUCGAAAGUGGUUGUACUCAAGUCUAAGAGGUUCUCCGAGAUUGUCGACCCAGCGAGCCAACACGACGAAGUGGGUGCUAAGAAGCCGCCCAGAAAGAAAGCGAAGCGCCAGCCUAAGGCAGAUCAGACUAUUACCGUACCAACUAUCGUCGCACCUGAGGAGCCCAAAGCUCCAGCUCCAGCUACAGCUCCAGCUCGAGCUCAAUCUUACGCACAAGCACCAUGCAACCUCUCUUGCCUUCCUCCAUGGUCCAGAAUCGUGGCCUUUGCCGAGAUUGUCAAGCAAAUGCCCGAUACAGAUGACGCAGAUGAAGAAUUCGUCCCUGGUGGUCCACAAGACUGGCGUGCUUACGCAAACCAAUUCUGUCAAUGCAUGCCCAUCCCGCCGCUGCCCACCCAUGAAACAAGCCCUACCGAACUCGCAUGGGCGCUUCAGCCAAACACGGUUUUCCAAGGCACCGAGAUCGAUCCGAUUGAUUUGACCGAACCGGCCGCCGUCGCCGAGUCUGAACUGCUGUCACAGCCCGUCAAUACUAUUCUUCGCGCCACGGACGCCGAGAGACUGUCGCAGCUUUUUGCAAGUCCGAACAACAUGGAUGCAGUUCAGAGAACAAGACGAUAUACCACUCCGGCAGCAGGAAGUCUACUGAACUCGAACGUCACGGGUAAUCUACACCAUGCAAAUGAAUUGGCGACUCCGCUCACCAACGGAUCCAUGCAGCGUCGGGUGUCUUUCGUGGAGAAUGGAAAUGUCACGUUCGUGCAGCCAGCGCCGUCCUCUGAACCGACCCGAAAGAGAACCUACGAACAUCGCCUUCGUGACGACCACAUGGUAUUGUCCCAGAUCCGCAAACGAGCAUCCGCAGUGGGAAUCCAAUGGAGUUUCAACAUGACAUUCGACGACAUCCAGGCCUUGUUGGCGGAAGUCGAGGACCGUCAAGAAGGAGAUGAAUGGUAUUAUCAUCAAGAGGGUGUUGGACCGGAUCAUGGCAUGCCGGGCCAUAGCUAUCAGAUCUCAGACGAGAAUGGUGCUUCUCCUCGAGGGUUCGGUGUGCUGUAUCCCACUCGACGAGCCUCAUCGAUCGUUUCGCAACCACAAUACACUCAGCCAUUCCAGCAACCACGUGAGAACUCACCAUAUCAGCCACUGUACGCUCAGCGUCAACAGUCGCUACCACCUCAGAAACAGAAUCAAUCCGAGAACACCGGUCGAAAACGACAACAAAAGGACACAUGGAUCAAUUAUUCCCCAGUGAACAGAACGCCGCCGGAGCUGCUCUCGCAGAGACUAGCGAGUCCAACCACUACCUCCUCCGUGACUUUCGUCGACGACUAUGAUCCGGUUACAUCUACGUCCAACUCGACCUUGGAGGCACGACGGCUAUCUUCUCCAAGUCGCUUGAAGAGUUCCCGCUUUCGAGUCGAUCCCCGCGGUUUGCUGGGCGAGUCGCCGGGACCGGGAACGAUCAUCAAUAUCGACAAGAGAAAGACCAGCGGUCGUCGUGAUAGUGGUGCCAGUGCCGGUACGGGGAGCGGAAGUGGUCGACCAGUGAGAAGAUCGCGUAGCCGCAAGGACUGA